AUGGGGUUCAAAAGCUUCCUGCACAGAGAACCAACACGGCCGAAGCUAGUGGAGCUUCGAUCGGCCAAAUGGUUUAUUAUAUUUACUGUUUCUUUUGCGGCAUCGACUGAUUAUUUCAUGUAUGGCCUGAUUGUGCCUGUUACACCGACGGCUUUGGAACGGAGAGUUGGGAUUUCCAAAGAUGAUAUUCAAUCGUGGAAUUCGAUUCUUCUAGCAUUAUACUCAGCGGCAACGCUAGCAUUUUCUCCUGUUGUGGGUUAUCUAGCUGACCGAUUCGAGUCCCGUCGCUGGCCACUUCUUUUCGGUUUGGUGGCACUGGGCGCUGCAACGGCGCUGCUGUGCAUCGGAACCAACCUCGGUCUGUGGAUCGCUGGCCGAUUGUUCCAAGGCAUGGCCUCGGCCGUGGUAUGGACUGUUGGAAUUGCACUGUUGGUAGACACGGUGGGGAAGGAGGGAUUUGGUCAAGCAGUCGGAUACGUCUCGAUGGCCUUGAGCAUGGGCACCGUGGCAGGUCCAUUGCUGGGAGGUGUACUGUAUCAGCAUGGAGGAUACUAUUCUGUCUUUGGACUUGCAUUCGGAUUGAUUGCGAUUGAUAUAUUUCUCCGAGUGGUGCUGAUUGAGCAAAAGCAUGCCAUCCCAUGGCUUGCCCCUGAGAGGAGGCCAUUGUCACCGACCUUGGGCGAGAAAAAAGACGACACAGCAGCUAGCAACGCUCAAGUCGCGGCUUCUUCUGCUGUCUCAUCGAUCGAAAGCCUAGAAAAGCCGAAACACUCCCGUCAUCCUUUGAAACAGAUUGCAGCUCUGUUGGGCUCACCCCGUCUUUCGGUGGCUCUCUGGGGGUAUUUUGUUGUAUCUCUGGUUCUGUCGUCUUUUGACAGUGUGCUUCCCCUCUUUGUCGAGGAGACAUUUGGCUGGCAACAAACCGGCCAGGGACUCAUUUUCUUCCCGAUCAUGCUUCCUCACCUUGUCGAUCCUAUUACAGGGACGAUCAUCGACAAGUACCCAAAAUCAACCCGCUAUCUGGUAUCAGGCGCAUUUUUAGGCGCUGUUCCGGUGGCAGUGCUUUUGAGGGUCGUAAAGAAUGACACGUUACAUGAUAAGGUUGUUCUUUGUGCUUUGCUCGCGCUACUGGGUCUAUGUGUUGCCAUUGCAAUGACUCCGCUCGCUGCCGAGGUUUUCUUUUCUGUCAACGAAAAAGAAGCCGAGUCACCUGAUAGCUUUGGUCGUGGAGGUGCGAUGGCUUUGGCCUUUGGGUUGACGAACAUGAGCUUUGCAGCGGGCACAUUGAUUGGGCCUUUCUUUGCUGGGUUCAUUCGACAAAGUGCUGGAUGGGGCACCAUGGGCUGGGCAAUGGGGUUGAUUACUGGAGUUUCUGCGCUUCCAGUGCUCCUUUUCUUGGGUGGCUAUAUCCUGAGGAAACCCAUUGUUAAACAAGACCAAGCUGGCUCGGAUUGA